CUCCAGUAACAUUCAUCUCCCCUUCGCUCCCCGUCGCUCUCCGGCUCCGCUCCCCCGCCCCCUUCCCUUUCCAACGUCCCAUCUCGAUCCACCCCGUCGCGGCCCCUGGAUCUCUGCUUUACCGCACCCCGCGCCCCGGUGCGCGUCCACUCAGCGCGAUCGCCCGCUCCAUCGAUCGAUCGCUCGCUGCUACGAGCUCCGCUAGCUCGCAGCUGCGCUUCUGAUCCUUCGUGCUCCCUCAGUCGUCGCUGGCUCGCUCGCUUGCUUGCUAGCUCUCUCUCCUAGCUAUAGCUGCUUGCAUGGAUCCAUCCGGGCCUGGCCCGUCGUCGGCCGUGGGCGGAGGCGGUGGCGGUGGUGACGCGCCGGCCGUGGCGCCGCAGCAGCGGCCGGCGCAGCUGAGCAGGUACGAGUCGCAGAAGCGGCGGGACUGGAACACGUUCCUGCAGUACCUGCGGAACCACCGGCCGCCGCUGACGCUGGCGCGGUGCAGCGGCGCGCACGUGAUCGAGUUCCUCAGGUACCUGGACCAGUUCGGCAAGACCAAGGUGCACGCCGCCGGGUGCGCCUACUACGGCCAGCCCGCGCCGCCGGGGCCCUGCCCGUGCCCGCUGCGGCAGGCCUGGGGCUCCCUCGACGCGCUUAUCGGUCGCCUGCGCGCCGCGUACGAGGAGAGCGGCGGCACGCCCGAGUCCAACCCCUUCGCCGCACGCGCCGUGCGGAUCUACCUCCGCGAGGUGCGCGACUCGCAGGCCAAGGCGCGCGGCAUCCCCUACGAGAAGAAGAAGCGCAAGCGCGCGCAGCGGCAGGCCGCCGAGCCGUCGUCGAGCUCGUCCGCCGCUGCUGCCGGCGGGAGCGGGAGCAUCGGCAGAGCUGCAGCUGCGACGGCCGCCGCUCACCAGGCUGGAGGGGGCAGCGCUGCACCGAGCAACACCUGAGUACAGUAGACCUGCAGAUCUUGUUUAAUUAUCGUCUCCGCAUCGCAAGAUUUGAACUUUCUUCUACUUUUAUUUGCUAUAUAUAUGAUUUGCGUUGCUUCUUUCUCUGCCCAUUUCAUCCUUUCUUAGCUGGGUUUUGGA